CCGAGACGGCGGGUCAAUUACAAAUUGUCAACAGCGCCAUUGUUUUGCUAACGCUAACGCUGGUUAUCAUUUCUCAACAGCUGGCUCACCAGCUUUAUAUGUUAUAAAUGUUUAUACAUAAUAUUAGAUUACCUUGUCGUUCCUGACUUUAUUUUUAAAGGGUGGAUACACAUAAAUGCGUCCCGGAAGCAAACCUUGAAAGAGCAGUUAUUGAAAACAAAAUGAUAGCUAACUAACUGCUAGCUUCGGUCUCGCUGUCGACUAACGGCGCCGUUAAAAGACAGACACACUAGAUCACAUAAAUGGAGACAAAUUACGCUACUUUGAGGAGACCAAAGAGGAAACUCUGCUACCUCACAAACAAGGAAAGUGCACCAGAAUGGACAGCACCGCAGACAUUGGAAGAGAUCGAUAAGCUGUUCGAUGACUUGGAUCCAUCAUCACAUAUUAUUGAUGACCUAUCACACCCAUGUCCUCUGCUCCAGACCUUUGAUAUGGAGUGUGAGAGAAUAGCUUCGCCAGUCCCACAGGAAGUACACUUAAAGGAAGAACUUCCAAAAUGUCAAACGGAUCCUGAGGGAGAGGCACUGUAUCCUGCAACAAGCUCACCCAGUCCUAAACUAGACAUCGAUUUGGACAUCCCAUUCGAAGCACAUGGGCCAAUGAAGACAUCCAGUCCUAUUGAAGACAAUAUGGUGGUGGAACAUGUAGAAGAGCUGGACAAUGAAAAACACCGGGUUGUGUCCCCAGUUCUCUUCGCGUGUGAGGAUGAUGAAAAGGAAGAGGCAAAUACAGAGCCUCAACCCAUCCAGGAACCCCAGUGCAACGGGCACGUCGAAGAGGAACCUGAGUUGGAGUCUCCUCCAAGUAAGGUCCUUCUUAGCAAACCUGAGAGGUCAAGUCGCAAAAACAAAGUGGAGGGAUCGCGCAGCAGCAAAGAGAGUCAUCCAGUCAAAGAAAAAACAACCAAGAAACCUCAAACACCUGUUUUGGAGGGCAAAAGAAAAACACCAAGGCAAGAAAAUGUUGACCCAUCUGUGUCAGUGGAGAGACAGGAGCCUGAACUCGCAGUUCCUAAAAAAGAUUCAAAACGUGUUAACAUGCAGCCGUCAGUGGAGCUCAACCGUGUGGAAAAGGACAUGACCGCUUUCCUUAAGAAGCUUAGGGACUCUGCACAGCCCAGACCUGCAUGUUCCAGGAAGUCUGUGUCACCAGUGAAAGUGCCCACUCCUCUUCCUGAGCCAGACGAUGAUUUCCUGAUCCUGGAAGAUGACAGACCUCUUUGGUUUUCCAUUCCAAGUAAGACUGCCACCAGCAAGAAACAGAGACAGAGCAAAACAUCCAGCACCGACAGAGACAGCUCGACAGACAGGGGCACGAAGGAGAGCCCACUGGAGACUGCACAGACACAGCAGGAAUCUGAACAGGCGAACAGCAAAGUGGGAAGUCAGACUGUCAGUCAGAAAACAAAGAAGAUGAAGGGGAAAGAGAAGAACAAGGAGGUGACCGAGCCUGGAAAUGAUGAGGAGGAAUUGCCCAGGCCGGAGGAUCUUCCUGCGGGUGACUUGAGGGAAGAAGAGAAACCAAACAAAAAGAAACGACUGAAGAAGGUACCAUCUAAAGAAAGAGACAAGGAAGAGGAGCAGCCUAAAGACACAGCCAGCAGGAAAACAGAUGAAGAAAAACCCACUCUGAAAAGGGAAAAGAAAGCUCAGAAGUCUUCUGAUGUUAAAAGAUCCAAGUCUGUAAAAGAUGGGAAUGAAAAUGCCAAGACAAGCAGGUCAAAGUCAUUAAAGGGGGGCAGAAAAGUGACGCAGGGAUCUGAUGCGGUAAAGGAGACGAUGUAUACAGAGGCUGGGAAGGAACAAAGUCAAAGCAUGGAGGAGCACGCAGAUGCUGAAGACCUGGGUCCUCUUUCAGACAAAGAAGGCAUUAACUCUGAAGCACAAACAGAAAAGGAUGUAGCAGAUGGAAAGGACAAACACAACAAACUACCGGCUGUGUCUGAAGAGAGUUCACCCGAAAACUGUCGGACUCCUGGGAGGAGGAAAAGGAGGCAGCCUGGAGAGUGGUGGCUGAACCAUCAGACCGCAGAGGAAACAAAGGGGACAGACACCCAGUCGACACCAAAGAAGUCAAAGCCGUACAACAAAGAGCCCAGCGCAGCAGUCCCCUCACCUGUAAAGACGAAGAAGGACAGAGUUUUAAAGAAAGGAAAUCAGACACAGCCUGCGCCGUCAUCCAGUCAAAAGACAAAUAAAGCUAGAGAAAAGAAAACCACACAGAAAAAAAACAGGAAUGCAAGAGGAGACAAACCGGACAAAGUGUUUCACACGAUUGAGGCUGAGCAGAGUGAAGGGCAGGAGCAGCUGGAGAUCCUGGACCAGGGCCUGGAUGUGGAGUCCAGUCCUUUGGUCCUCACACGGAGAGACCACAGCUUCCACUCGGGUGAGCAGGUAUUUCCGAGAGCAUACCAUCACGCCUCCAGUGAAAAACUGUCCAUCACACCAGCGCCUGUCUCUCCCAGAAGGCCUAGGGAGCAGCUCAGGGCAGCCGAAUCAAACAGGCGGAGGAGGAAACCUCCCGGGAACUGGUGGGCUGUCAAUGAUGUGUCCGAGGACAUCUCCUCGCAGCCGGAGCCACAGCAGCAGGAGCCCAAACCUCGUAAGGAAAGAAAAAAGCAGUCCAAACAGAGCAGGUCUCCUCGACUCGGGACUCCCAAAAACGGCAACAUGGCAGUCUCGUCAAAACCACCAGGGGGAACUCCGGUGCCUCCUCUGAAACCGACGACUGUCAAACGCUCUCUGGCCAUGGUUAAAGACAUUUUCACCUCAGCUGUGGAGACCCCGACUGUGAUCAGCAGCAGAGAGACAGUUCAGAAGAAUAAAAGACAUAAAGCCAGUGCAUAUCCUGCCAAGGACGUCACUGUGACUGACUGUGCAACAUUCAAUAAGUCUGACAGAGAUAUUCUCAGUAUGGAUGCUGAUGAGCACAACAGCCCUGUAAAUCAUGAGGCCCCACAGGACAGACAGUCAGAGGACAGGUUAAAACUCUUCAGAAGUGGGCCGUCCUCCAUGAUUGAGCUGCAACAGUACGAGGAAGAGGAGGAUGAUGACUUGAGUCCACCGCUACCCAGAGUCUCUGCUGCUCUCUCCAUAUCAGAUCUGUGUGCUCCUCCCCUCAAACCGCUGGUGUUACAGUCGAAGGAUAAGGCCAACCUGGCAGAGUGGUUUCAGAGUCUCUGGCCUGUUGACAGAGGCGCUGAGAUCACUCCAGACCAGUUUGAUUGGUAUUUCCAUCAAGGCAGAGCUAUUGGCUUCCUGGUGGACCUGAACUGUGGCUCAAUCUGUAACGGAAAAAUCCUGCUGGGCUCCUACAUGAAGAAGCCUCUGUGGGUGGAUCACAGCGCCACGACAGUUUUUGAAUUAUUAACAAGCUCUGUGAGUGUAGUCAUCGACAGCAAGGAGUCCCGCUUCCACCCUGGACAAUCCUUUAUGGUGCCAUGUGGACACGCCUACAGCAUCCAGAAUAUCAAUGCUCAGCCUGCAGUUGUGUACUUCACCAGGAUCCUGGCAGAAAGUUCAGACUGAAGUUGUCGGCUGGAUUACCAGCUGCAUGUUUCUCAGUAAUGACUUGCUCCCUUUAAUGUUGAAAAUUUUGAGGAAAAAAAAAGACUGGCGAUGUGUGACAUUAUGUCUGUAUAUAUUUUUUUUACUUUCUGUAUUAAAAUUUGAGUUGUAAAUAUGAAAACAUUGGUUAGUGUUUUUAUGAACCUGUUUGAUCUGAAGCUGUGCUUGUAAAAAAGAAAAACAGUAAAAAUGAUUUCAAAUAAA